AUGAUCGCCACCGCAAUUCUCCUCCUCUCGCUCUCUCUUUCUGCUUCUGCCGCGCCUUCCCGACGUCAGUCUGGGGACAACGGCUCAUGCCAAGCUCUACAGACAGAGUGCGCCGCGACGGUCAAAUCGGACCUUAGCGAUGCCUGGAACAUCAAGGCCUGUCUCUUCGGCGCAUCGUGCUUCGGAGGCCAACACCCUGUGGACGGUUUCCUCGCCGCCGUCUACGGCGACCGUGGCGAAAGCGGCUCGGCCCCCGCGAGCGUCGACCUUCCGCGCGUUACUUCAUCGCUCUUCAACUCUAUCUCAACGGACGGGCAGACCGUGAGCCAACAAAACUUCAUUGAUGGCUACUACUCCGCUCUUGACGCCACCGGUGGUCCCUACCCGACUGAUGUCUCGUACGUGAUCGACCUCUUCGGGCGUGUUCAAGGUUGGACCGCGUUUUGCUCGGAGUCCGUUCCCUUCCAGAACUUCGCAGACUACUAUCAGUACUCCUCUAGCGUAAAUAGCGCUGGCUGCUCGGCCGCCGCCAAGCGUGAAGUUGCCGCUGCCACUACCUCGGCCGCACCUGCUGCAGCGACUACACCUGUCGUCAGCUCCGAUGCGUCCUGCCAGAAGAUGUUCACCGCCUGCAUCGACCAAGUUGACCAAGACGUGGCCAAUCCAUGGGCUGUCGAAGCUUGUGUGCUCGGCGCAACGUGCUUCGGCGGUCAAGUGCCUGUCGAUGGGUUCCUCUCUACCGUGUACAGCCAGAAGAACCCGUCCUCCACCGUGACAGCUCCUACCUCGAUCAACGAACCCCGCCUUGCCACGUCUCUUUUCGCCAGUGUCUCCACAGAUGGCCAAACUUGGACGCAGCAGAAUUUCAUCGAUGCUUACUACGGCACCCUCUCAAGCGUUGGCGGCCCUUUCCCUGCCAACUCGGACCUGGUCAUCAGCUACUUCGACCGCGUUUUGGAGUGGACGGCGUUCUGUCCCGGUCAAGGCAUCCCAUACAUGAACGUCGCUGACUACUUCCAGUACUCUGCUACCGUUCAGGGAGGCAGUGCCCAGUGCAACUGA